AUGUCACCAACUCAUGCUAUAACUUUGGAUGAAGUUGAAUUAAAACCUUUUAAAGAUAAUCACAGAUAUCAGGCAACUAAUCCAUACUGGUUAUUACGUAUUUAUAGAAUCAAAAGAGUCAUUAUUAGAAGAAAUCCACUACAUCUGAUCUUAUAUUAUCUCAAGAAUGAACCUAUUGAAUCAACUGCUCAUUUGAUGGAACGAAAUCCUAAAUGA